AAUGAGUUUUCCUAACUAAGAUUACUUAGCAAUGCUCAAAGCUAAGCCUCAAGUGUACCCUCAAAUGCAGCAGACUCCAUAGACACAAAUGAUUUACCAAAAUCCCUAAUUUAUGUAUGUAACAUCAUCAUUUUCCCAUCUGCUUAUACCUUUUAUACUAUAUAGUCUAUGCUUUUAUGAAUAUUUAGGCAGCCCUACAUGAACUAUGUACCCUAAUACUUUAUGAUGCAACAACUACAACAAAUGCAGUAAAUGCAAUAAAUUCCAUCCAUGGCUUCUAUGGCCCCUUUACGCAUGCCAUUUUCAAAUCCUUAGCCACAAAUGCAACCUCAACAACAAAUGGUUAUGCCCCUUCCAAUUUAGCCUCCUAAUCCAGCUUAACCAAAAACUGAUUAGAACCUGCCUGUCUAGGUAAAGGGUACCAAAGUUAAGCUGAACCUCAAAAUGAUAAAGGACAUACCUCAAGAAGAAGACAGUGUACUGGAUUAUGACGAAAUAAAAAGGCAAAGUGGAGAUCGUCAAUUUAUCAAUUUAAAGAGAAAACGUAGACUUCUAGAUUAGUAAGAUGCACCCUUAAUGUAAACUCGUAGACGUAGUGAACAAUCAUAAUGUAAAUUUAUAGCUAAGCCUAUUAGAUUUAGAAAUAAGAGAAAUGUUGAAUGUUGAUGAUAAAGACAUGACACUUAUAAUGGAAGCUUAUCCUGAUACAAAAUCCUUGCUGUAAGAAUUAAGGAAUGGUAAUUUAAAGUAAGAGAUAGAGGAUCUAUUACUCAAAUGAA